AUGAUUAUACUGCCUUGGCCGCAAUGUAUAGUCUGGUUUUCUGAUGGAAACUUAGAAGUAGCACCUCUGCAGGAGAAAUGGAAGAUCCUGCUAGCCCAUUACGCUGGACCUGUUGCUGUGAUUGUCGUUCUUGUCCUCUUGGUCGCUAUACUUCCACUUACGGGCCUGUUCUGGUGCUGUUGUCAAUGGUGUAAGUCUGGUCGGAGAAGGAGGCCAUUCGACCGGAAAUACGACGCAUGUCUCAAAGGAAUACUGGCCAUCGUUCUUAUAGCAUUCCUUACUCUAUUUUUAUUCGGGGUCGUAUGUGCGUUUGCGACUGAUUCUCAAAUAGACACCGGUACUACAAAUGUUGCAAAGACUGUUAAAUCUAGCGUACAGGACGUUAGGGAGUUCCUGAAUGCCACGCAGGCACACUCCAGACAUUUACUAGUCACAAACUACAGGGAGCUUGAGGCGGAACUUAACGAGAUGCUUACAAGUAGCGGUCAAACGGUGCUAAAAGUGCUGGAUGAUUUCACAAGCGCUACGUCUGUGCAAAAGUUGAAUGGAAUGGUCCAGCAGUUGGACAGAGUUCCCGAGGACUUAAGAACAGUACAGAAAUCAACUUCAGCGCUGCGCUCGAAGGCUGAAGAACUUGACGCUGGAUUACGUCGAGUUAAAGGGUUGCUACAUCGUACACUGGUGGCUUGUCAGGAAAAGGAAUGUAUAAAGUUGCAAGAGAAAUACCGACUUGGACAGUUAGGCACCGAAAUACAAUAUAAUAUGAUGCUUGAUAAAUAUUUCCCAACGAUCCCGGACGUAUCAGAUCUCUUGACGAACGUCAGCUCGCUCCUAGAGAGUAAUAUAAAAGAAGACGUAGCAGCUGGGUUGGAAGUCUUUAGCGGCAUCAAGAAGACCGUAGACCAGCACAUACCGAAGGUCCAGGAAGCUAUCACUGAAACGGGUCGGCGUUUGGCAAGUGUAGCAGAUCAGAUCACAUAUGAAGCUGGCAAUAUGAGCAAGAAACUUGCACAAGUCAAAAUCAAAACCGAUGAAAUACAACGCGAUUAUAUAGAUCGGUACGCGCCGUAUCGCAAAUAUGUGUCAAAGGCUGCCGCAGCUGUGUUGCUUUUGAUUGUGGUAGUGAUGUCGUGGGGUCUUCUAUGCGGUGUAUGUGGUAAACGACCUGACGUGUACGGCACAAGUGACUGCUGCAAUAAAGGCACUGGAGCUACUUGUCUUCUGUGUGGUAUAGCGAUAACGCUGUUCUUGGGUGCCUUUAUCGCUAUAAUGAUCUUGAUUUAUUUCGUAUUCGGCGUCACGGCACAGAGAUUUGUCUGCGAUCCUUUGACUGAACCCCGUGAUAACCGAUUAUUUGCCGAUGUUGAGAUGUUUGUGGACUUCGAGAAUGUGAUGUUCAACGAGAAAAGUGAUCCGGACUUUAAUAUUACCUCUGUCUUACUAGCCUGUCAUCGUAAUAAGACUGUCUAUGAGGUCCUACAUCUUAACCGCCUUUACGAUCUGGAAGCAGUUAAACAAGACGUAGAAAAAGAUCUGGGUGUCCGUGUCUCUUCCUUGCGAACAGAUUAUCCGCCCCGGGGUCGUCCUUUGCUUAUUUUAAAACCAGCAGCAAGGGCAAAAUUAGAUCAAUUGGCUAAUACGGGACUCUCUGACUUCAAUUUUGAUAAGAUUUUGGAGGCGCUGGAAACAAACAUAACUUCUCUACCAUUAGAGUCACUGUCGUCCCAACUACAGCAAACGGCGAGAUCCCUUACAGGACGAGCGGGGUAUGGGGAAGUGGCCAGGAAUUUGAGGCAAGCAGCUGACCAAUUGGAUCAAUUGCAGAGGGAUGUUGUCAACCCGAUGUUGGAACAUACUGCUCAGUUAAAUAAAACAGCAACAGAACUUCGAGAUGUUCUCCGUUUCAAUCAAUCCUCACUAAAAGAAGCCAUUCAGUACCGCAUCAGGGACACAACUGAGGUCGAAUUGUUCCUUAACACUCAAGGGCCUGAUUUGGUACAAAAUUUGACCCGUGAAUUUGUUGAGGUAGUGAGUGAGCGCCUUCAAGAAUACCUGAGCUUGGUGGUGGCAGCCGCUCGUACAAAGGUCGGCCGAUGUGAGCCGCUCUCGAAUGCGUUUAAUGCUACAAGAGAUUCUGUCUGCCGUGCUGUUCUCAUGCCUACUCAUGGGUAUUGGAUAUCUCUGGCCUGGUGCGUCUUACUCUUCGUGCCUCUGAUGGUCAUCGCUCAACGACUGUCACGGCUGUACCGACAUCCCGAUCCAUAUCCGGGACCGCUUGUUGAGGCCGAAUAUUUGUAUGACGCGUACGCGGACCGCGAUAACAUACCCCUUGCCAAUGGAUCGAAGCGAAGUACCUUGGACAUCGAAGGGAAGAUCGCCGAAUGGAGGGGCAGGAACCGUGCCGCCGCUGACAGUGACGGACCGCUGGUUGACAGCGAAGCAGGAGACGGCUCUCCGCAAUCACGUACUCAGCUCGUGGUAGGAGGAAAGGGGGAGGUCGUAUGUGCCCUUCUGCCCCCUCCGGCGGCCCUCAUUGACGAUCUCAAAACACGUCUCGACGCUAAAGAUGAGGACAAUGAAUCGGGCAUUCACGAGUCCGAAUAA